UUGUGCGCCAUCGACUAGAACUGUGUUGGUCUAAUGGAUUUUUCAUUGGAUGGAGAAAAAACCAUUACAUUUUGGGGAAUUUUGUAACCAGCUGAGAUAGCGAUAGACGUAUCUGAAUUGUUGUUGUUUCUUAUUGCUAAAACUAAAUACAACAGAAUUUGGUUGGUUUUAAAAUUUAUGCAGCAUACGGAAUUAGUGUCUUGUUUGACAAGGCCACCUCGUGGUUCUCCAACGAUAAGAGAUUCGGAGAACCCAGAUAGCGUUAUCUCACCCAAACAGCAGACUUUUACAUGGGAACCCUUUGUCGGGUCUAUUGUAACUGAGAAGAAGCCCGAAACCACGGGUGGGUCUUGUUCUGAGAGUGUCACUAUUGCUUAUCCCAAUUCACUAAGAAGAGAAUGUGUGAGCGUAGUAUUACAGAGAAACUUUAUAUUUGACGAAGAAAGGUAUACGUGGAAGUGGUUCAAGACUUGGCGUCUACCCGAAAUUAGAGUAUUCGCAAGUGAACAGGAAUCCUUUUUUCCGAGUUUCGUGCGACUAUCUGUCGUUUGUCCUACACAAGAUUUACAUUUAUUUGAAGAAGUUGGUUUGUUAGGAAGAACUCAGGCUCAACUUGUCAACGGAGAAAGUAGAUUCACAAGACUCAGGUUACUUGCUACUAGCAAUUCUUACGAAGGAAGGAAUUUCCACCUUUUCAUAUCUUUUUUCUCCCAAACAGCGUGUUGCCUUGGUGCCCUAGUUUCUACUGGCUUUGUUGUUUACGCCCGUGGUCCUAACACAACUUCUUUCCAGGAAGGUGUUCUCUUUAGUCGAUCCUUAAAGGCACAAAGCUGUUGGUUUUCUCCUGAGCUGUUAACACGUCCUUUUAUGAAGAAGGUUUUUUCUAUUUGUUUUUGUUUGCGAAAUUGUAGGCUGAAAAUAUGUUUGCAGGUACGAAAUGAACAAGGCAUCGUUGAAAAAGAGCCGAUCGAGAAUACCACCAUUGGUUUAAUGAGAUAUUUUCAAGCUCCAAAUAUCCGUUUUAAAUGUCGCGAUCCUAUUUUUCUUGCAUUGCGCUUUUAUAAGGUUAUUGUUCUAUUUCUGAACUCUUCGAUUCUUUCAUCGGAAGAUUGUGAUAUUUAUUUUGAGUUCCUCGCAAAGCUAUCAGAGUACCGUUCUAGUCACCGUUCGUCGUUAUCGAAUAUCAACCACCUCACACGGUAUUCAUCCAGUGUCUUUCCUCUGUGUCUAUUUGGAGUCCGUUGUAACCUUGUUCUUCGUGAGAAUGAACGAACAGUUCUAAUCGAUAAUUUGGAAAGUUGUCAAGAUGAAGCUAUUUGGUUUGUAAAGGACGUAUCUGUUCGUCCAAAGCGUUUCAUAGAGUUGACGGACGUUGUCCGAUUUCAACAGGCUUAUGAACGCUUUUUCAGUUGGUAUACCAACGUUUUCAUGGUACCCAAACAAGUGGAAGGAAAUCAGUCAGCUAGUUAUUAUGAAAUGCUUGAAAAUAUUCAGAAAGCCAAAACAUCAGACUAUCGUGGCAUGGAGCUAGAUUCUAAUUUGUCAGAACCUUCAUUGCCUGCUGUAAAUGAGAGAAUGGUGCCUUGUACUUCGGAAGCUUCAGAGUUGAUGUCACCCACUUUGCUAGACGUACCAAAGCGGGCCUCUUCGGAGUUGUAUGAGUUUGUGAGAUGGUUUCGGCAGUUCCACAGUUUGUUAAAGCGCCUGCUGGAAGAAAUGACGAUGUCUGCUUCACAUUUAGUGAUGAAUUUGGAUGAAGCUAACAAAGCCAUUUUCAUUGAUUGUUUUAAACAUUUCCAAAGAGCACUAACUGUGCAUACUCAUAUCGAAGAUGCGUAUGGUUUCGCAGAAUUGAUGAAACAAAGACCGCUUAUAUUCGAAGCUUACAGGAUUGAUCACACAACUGAAGAAGAAGAGCUAGAACGGAUUGUUAGUCUUUCAAGUAAUAUGCAGAUAGAAAAUGUUGGGGAAUUGUUUAUUCGGGUUAGCAGUUUUGCUUCUUUACUUUGUCAGCAUAUGGACAAGGAGGAAAAACAUUUGUUACCUUGUGCUAUACAAUUAUUAUCUGAAACAGAGUUGAAAGAACUUGUAAUGAGAAUGAAUGAAGAAUCACAGUGUGUUGAAGGUUGGAAGAAUUUGUCCACUAUAUCUUGAAAGGCCUUCCAUGAUUUGUAUAGGAUCGUGUGGGUCGAAGGAGCUGUGCAACCAUUUUAGCCUGGAUAUUUAUUCCCUGGGUACUAAUUGUU